CACAAUCCGGCAUAUCGCCGUCGCGUGCCAUCCCGAGCGACCUGCCCUUGCAUUUCUUCUUGUCACCAAGGCAGUCCUUUCAUGUCUGCCGAAGAGCAUCCGCCGGCGUUACCUGCGGUCCCCUCGACCGCCAUCGGCGGUGGUGCUACUGCCCCGGUCGUGAGAUCCACGCCCGAGAGAGCCGCCAAGAUUCUCCUGCACGCGCUUGCCAAAAAGUAUGCUGCGUCGGGCGAGAACAGCGCCGCCAGAACCCCCGAGGAGCUGGUGCGGCAGUCGAUGGCCAACCCACGGGGCAAGCAACUGUGGGCAAAAGUCCGCGAAAACAUCUCGGUGCUCGUGCCGCCCAAGCACAACGUCCGGUACCGCCGGUCGCUGACGCCGCCGCUCAUGUUUGACCCAGACUCGGACACAAAGAUCAAGUGGGAUUUGGGUCUGGCGCUGUGCGUGCUCUACACGACAUGCGUGGUGCCCGUGCGCAUCAGCUUUGGCAUCGAAGCCAGCGGGUUCAUCUCGGUGUUUGAGAUCGUGAUCGACGUCUUGUUCUUUCUCGACAUUGCGUUUAGUUUUCGUACAGGCAUUGUCAACCCCACCACUGGCCUCGUAUACUACAACAAGACCCAAAUCGCACAAUCGUACUUACGGGGGUGGUUCCUCGUCGACUUUGCGUCGACCAUGCCAUUGGAAAGUAUCGUGAAAAUCAUGUACCCUGACACGUCCACCAACACUCUGCAGACGGCCAAAAUAUUCCGCGGACUCAAACUCGUGAGACUGCUCAAGCUUGUGCGCAUUCGAAAGAUUGGCAACAUGAUUUCGAAAUUCGAAGAAGAGGUGUUUGCCAACCAAAGCGUGCUGUCGUUGGUGAAAAUUCUGCUGUUUUUGCUCUUUCUCGCACAUUUGGUCGCGUGCGUGUGGUUCUACGUCGCCCAAGCCUCCCCAUAUUCGUGGGCGUUGGCGAUGGGGUACAUGUCCAACGAUCACAACCACCAGUUGACUUUGCAGUACUUGAGCUCUUUAUACUGGGCUAUUGUCACCAUGACUACGAUUGGAUAUGGAGACAUCAUCCCCAAAACCAAAACCGAACUGAUCAUCGCCAUGUCCGUCAUGGUCAUCGGCGUAUCCAUGUUUGGGUAUGUGAUUGGAAAUAUCACGGCGCUCGUGGAUAAUAUCAACGCGUCCGGUCGCAUGCAAACGGAGCGCCUCACCAGUCUCAAGGAAUAUGUGAUGGUGCGCAACUUGCCCAAACAAACAUCCAAGCGAGUGUUGGACCAUUUCGAGUACUUUUACAGCCAUCGCUCCGUUUUUGACGAAGAAGCCAUCUUGAACAAUCUCCCGACUGUGAUGCGAAAUGAAGUGGUGCACCAUGUGCUCAACAAGUUCAUUUCGAGGAUUGACUUCUUGGCGGAAUUUCACGAGGGCCUGGUCAGUGACAUGGCGGUUGCCAUGAAUCCGUUUUUUUGCAUCAAAGACGAAGCCGUGUACUUGCAAAAUGAGAUUGCUGUUCACGUGUUUUUCCUUACAAAAGGCACUGUGUCGUUGGUCAAGUCGUAUCCGAACCAACUUGCCGACACCACGCUCAUGACUUUGACGGGAGGUCAGCAUUUCGGCGAAGUAGAACUAUACCAUCAAGUCUAUGGCCAGGGAGUGCGGUUGUCGUGCGCAGUUGCAAAAACGUACUGCCAACUCACGUUUAUGUCUCGUCAAGUGAUUGAGAACAUUGGCCACACGUGGCCUGAAAUCUUGGACCAUUUUCGACUGAAUUCUAUCUCCAAGGUGAAACGGAUGAGUAAACGCGGCUGCCUCGACAACUACAGCCCCGACGUACCUCCAACGGCAUCCACCUCGACGAAUUCUAUGAUAACCGACGAUGGAAAUGUGAAAAAGCACCCAUUUGACGCCAACCACGCGUGGCACCACCAUCUGCUCGCGGCAUCAUUGCGCAAGGGCGUGCCUGUGAAACCCACAGACGACAGCUCAUCCAGCGACGACAACGACGACGACGACGACCAGCAGCACCAUGACAUGAUGGACAAGCACCACCACUCGGAGCGAGAGCUCCACAACACCACCGCGCACACGACGUACGUCGAAACGAGGCGUUCGAGUACCGUGCGCGAGCCCAACCUCAUGUCGCGCCCCAUGUUGAAUGAAAAACGGGUUGCCCACAACGCGUACGUGUUGCACCCCCAAGACACGAUGAUUGCGAAUUGGCAGAUGGCGGUGGGCUCCGCAAUCAUUUACUCGACGUUUUUGGUCCCGUAUCGCAUUGGCUUUGACACCGACCCUCCCGACGACGAGCUGUCGCUCGAUAUGAUCGUAGACAUUGUGUUUGGCCUGGAUAUUCUGCUCACGUUUCGGCUGGCGUUUCACAACGCAGAUCGCGUGCUUAUAUGCGACGCUGCGACCAUCGGCACGACGUACGUCAAGGGCUGGUUCUGCAUCGAUGUGCUGUCGACGAUGCCUGUCGACACAAUCGUGGGGUAUUUUACCACUGCGUCGUCUAAAGUGCUCAAGUCCACCAAGUUGCUGCGCGUAUUUCGCGUCGCCAGACUGUUCAAGCUUGUCCGAUUGCUUAAACUCGGCAAAGUCUUUAAACGCGUGCGCGAUUCGAUUCAGUUGAGUCCGUCCACGGAGCGACUGCUCAAGUUGGUCAUGAUUAUGAUCUGCUUUGGGCACUGGUGUGCAUGCAUCUUUCACUGGAUCAUGCUGUUUGAAGAAGAGUUCGGCCUGCGGACGUGGUGCACAGACUACUUCUUUCCGUACGACGAAGACCCGGGCGCAUGUUCCUUCCGAGUACCGUCGGAAGAUCGAUACGUGGCAGCCAUCUAUUGGGCGUUCACGACCAUGACAACUGUGGGAUACGGAGACAUAAAGCCGUUCAAGUUUUCUGUGGCUGAGAUGACGUUCGCCGUGAUCUGUCUCAUGCUCAACUCGACAGUGUACGCGUACGUUGUGAGUGGCAUCAUCGAUGUCAUUUACAAUUACAACCCGAGCGAUCGAGAGUACCGCGCGAGGAUGAAUGACAUGAAGGAUUACGUGCGCGACACGGCCAUGAGCGUCCGACUUAGUAACAACGUCAAGUGCCACUACGACUUCUUACUUAGCACCACAUGUUUGUUUCCCGAAGAGCAGAUCUUCAAUCAAUUGCGACCGAGCCUUCGCUUUGACGUGGCUCGCCUCGUGGCCAGCAACACAAUCAUGACCAUCAACAUCAUCGCAUCGAUGGAAAAGAAAUACAAAGGAUUUGUCAGCUACGCUUUGUUUCUGUUGCGGCCGCAGUUUAUCCUCCGAAGCGAGCGCGUGUGCCGCAGUGGCAGCCCUGGCACGGAAAUGUUUUUCCUCAUCGAAGGCGAGUGCGAGCAAAUGGACCAAGAUAACCACAACGUCCGCGUGUUGGGAGAGGGGACAUUAUUUGAAGCAUAUGCGUUGCUGGCACCCCCAGAAGAGCACUACCGUAUGCAAAGCACCGUCACCGCCCUCACGCCAACGUGCCAGCUGUACUCGUUGUCGGUGCACGAGUUUGAGUCCAUAGCCGACUUGUCACCUGCGAUUUCGGUGAAUUUGGCGUACGAGUUUGCGAAAUCGAUCCUCCAAGAUGACUUUUUGACGUUGAACGACGAACAAGAGGCCGUGGUGUUGGGGGCAAUUGAACGCAAGAAGACGCUGCACCCCGAGGGUUUGAACUACGGUCCUCUCACCAACAUGGCUAAGGUGGCGAUGGCCAAGCUGCGCAUUGUCAAAGGAAGCGUGCUCCCUGAAAACGUCAAAGAAGCGAUGAAAGGGGUCAUGUCCAAGACCAAGCACACGCUGGGGCUGGCGUCGGGGGCGUCGUAA